CAGUCAUUUAAGAAAUGGCAUGCUGAAGUGCCACGGGGCCACGGAAGAUCUCUGGAUACCGGAUCAGACACAGCUGCCCCCCGGCUGCUAUUUUCACUCAGCUUAAAGUACCAUGGGCAGCCAGCAUCUACACCAUGGACUACCCACAACUAUCAGUCUAUCUCUGCACGCCAUGAAGUCCACCGCAGGGGAGUAUGAGCAUCCUGCACAUGAUACCCAGAGCUUGCCCUCCGACCCUGAUGAGCUUGACAGUGGCAGCGAAAGCUCGGAGAAAUCCACCGGCGCAGGAAGUCCCAUGCAGGGCCACAGGGAGGCUGGGAGACGCAGAGGGUGUCAUAGACUUGCAGGGGUGAGCAAACAACGUCAGGCAGCUAAUGCUCGUGAGCGAGACCGCACACAUAGCGUCAACACUGCCUUCACGGCUCUGCGUACCCUCAUCCCUACAGAGCCAGCCGACAGGAAGUUGUCAAAAAUCGAGACUCUGCGAUUGGCAUCGAGCUACAUUUCACACUUGGCCAACGUGCUUCUGCUAGGGGAGGACUGCAUGGACGGGCAGCCAUGUCUGAAAUAUCACAGCAUCUUACAAAGCAACACCAACCUCAAAACUCCACCGGUUCGACCCAUCUGCACCUUCUGCUUGAGUAACCAGAGGAAAAUGCUUAGAGAUGGGGAAAAGCACACAACUGCGUGACAGCAGAAGUUCUCCCGACUGUCCGCUGCUACAUAGGAGCUCUGAACUUCUGAAUGUUUACAUGUAAAGAGACAUUUUCUUGCACAGAGACAAAACAUUGUUUUAUGUUUUUUGUUUAUCUCUGAGGACAGACAAAACAAGCAACAAGAUGAGAGACGAAUAUGCACUUUUUCUGCAUGCGUGUCCACUUUAUCAACUGUGUUUUGGUUAAUGUAACCGGAGAAUAUGUGUAAAGUUGCACCUGGUGGGAGGCUAUUUCAGAAUCAGAUAUAGUAAGCAACACCAUCCCUCGCCUUAAAAAACAGUCUUGUGUCCGCCUCAUGCACGUCACAUGAUAGUAAUUGAAACCUUGCGGUUUGCAGGGGUCGCUGUCAGUACAACAGCGGGUAAAAAUCUCCUCCCCUCCCUCUUGUCUCCACAUCUACGGCGGGACCACUAUCCCAACAUGGCUCUCAGAAGACUGUAAACAAGAUUCUAACCUCAGCAUGAUCAUUUGGGUUGGGCAAAUUCAUGCUACGUAUUUCAUAAUGAGAAGAACAUAAUCUAACAUGUCUUGGGAACUACUUUUUGGUCAAGGAACAUGAUCCCUAACAGGAACCCUGGGUUUUAUGAUCCUGACCCCAAAUGUUUUAUAGCCUACCCUAAAUCCUUGCAGUCAUAAUUUGAGAACACACUGGUGACAAAGUUGCGUAGACUGUCGAUUAGUAGUUCACACCCUUGCAGACUCAGGAAGAGGGUACAUCGAGGUAAUUGUUAUACAAAUGUUGUCAUGCUUAUGCUUCUGAAACAUCAAACACCAGAUUCA